AUGAUCUGCCAGCGCUGCCGAACCAGCCUCCUUUCUCGGCUGCAACCGCAACACACGGUUACUUUCUCUGCCUCGUCAUGUGCACGCCAGCUUCCAAUUCACCGAAGCCAGUUCCGGAGCUACAGUGAUGGCAAGCCUACAGUAUCCGCUACGCCGCCUCCUCCUACUCCCCGCCAGCCUGUCGCAGCGGACAUCACGAUCCCGUCGGCAGUUUCAUCAGCAACUCCCGGCGUGUCCCAACCGUUCAGCACACCGGAAGAAGUAAAUGUUGAUGUGUCUUCUAAGAAGCCCACAAAGCCUGCUGUGGAACGUCCACCAAGCUCCUGUCCCGCUGGAACGAAGCUGAACGGCCUCAACUACUUCAAGAAUAAGCCUGAUAUCGUCGCCUUGGAAGACUCUGAAUACCCGGAGUGGCUGUGGUCGUUGUUAGAUGAUGCUAAGAAGCAAUCGAAAUCUGAGGGCGGAGUGGAUCCGAGCACUCUGAACAAGAAGCAACGCAAGCGCUAUGAGAAGAAGAUGGCUGCUCGCGCUGCAACCCUCCCUCCUAAGAUCCCUGUUCACCACCACGCUAUUGAUAUCACUCCUGCAUCGUACAACCGCGGCGGCCAAGCAGCUGAUGAUCUUCUGGUCGAGGCCGCUGAGAGUCUGGAUAAGCGCUCCGAGAUCACGAAGAGCGCGAGAGAGGCGCGGAGGAAGGCCAUUAGAGAGGCUAACUUCCUCCGCGGUCUGUGA